CGUUCUUUAAUUAUGCACGGAGGCGUGUCUUGGCCAGUUGGGAGCUGGGUGGGGAUUGGCUGGAGGGGCUGUAAUUCAGCGGUUUCCGGAGCUGCAGUGUAGACUGGGAGGGGGAGCCUGGGGUUCCGACGUCGCGACGGAGGGAACGAGCCCUAACCGGAUCGCUGAGGCACAACCCGGCUCGGUGUCGCCUGACCGCGUCGGCUAGGAGAGGCCAGGCGGCCCUCGGGAGCCCAGCUGCUCGCACCUGGAGCCAGCGCAGCCCGGCCAGUCGGGCCUCAGCCCGGGAGACAGUUACGCCCCCUGAUUGCGGCAGGAUGGCCCAAUGGAACCAGCUGCAGCAGUUAGACACACGGUACCUGGAGCAGCUCCACCAGCUGUACAGUGACAGCUUCCCCAUGGAGUUGCGGCAAUUCCUGGCACCUUGGAUUGAGAGCCAAGAUUGGGCAUAUGCAGCCAGCAAAGAGUCACAUGCCACGUUGGUGUUUCAUAAUCUCUUGGGUGAGAUUGACCAGCAGUAUAGCCGAUUCCUGCAAGAAUCCAAUGUCCUCUAUCAGCACAACCUGCGAAGAAUCAAGCAAUUCCUACAGAGCAGGUAUCUUGAGAAGCCGAUGGAAAUUGCCCGGAUCGUGGCCCGAUGCCUGUGGGAAGAGUCUCGCCUCCUCCAGACAGCAGCCACUGCAGCCCAGCAAGGAGGCCAGGCCAACCACCCAACAGCUGCUGUGGUGACAGAGAAGCAGCAGAUGCUGGAGCAGCAUCUUCAGGAUGUCCGGAAGCGUGUGCAGGAUCUAGAACAGAAAAUGAAAGUGGUAGAGAAUCUCCAGGAUGACUUUGAUUUCAACUAUAAAACCCUCAAGAGUCAAGGAGACAUGCAGGAUCUGAAUGGAAACAACCAGUCUGUGACCAGGCAGAAGAUGCAGCAGCUGGAACAGAUGCUCACAGCGCUGGACCAGAUGCGGAGAAGCAUUGUGAGUGAGCUGGCCGGGCUUUUGUCGGCAAUGGAGUACGUGCAGAAAACACUCACAGACGAGGAACUGGCUGACUGGAAGAGGCGGCAGCAGAUCGCGUGCAUUGGAGGCCCUCCUAACAUCUGCCUGGAUCGCCUGGAAAACUGGAUAACUUCACUAGCAGAAUCUCAACUUCAGACCCGCCAACAAAUUAAGAAACUGGAGGAGUUGCAGCAAAAAGUGUCCUACAAGGGGGACCCGAUUGUGCAGCACCGGCCAAUGCUGGAGGAAAGGAUCGUGGAGCUGUUCAGAAACCUAAUGAAAAGUGCCUUCGUGGUGGAGCGACAGCCCUGCAUGCCGAUGCACCCUGACCGGCCCUUGGUCAUCAAGACCGGUGUCCAGUUCACUACUAAAGUCAGGUUGCUGGUCAAAUUUCCCGAGUUGAAUUAUCAGCUUAAAAUUAAAGUGUGCAUUGACAAAGAUUCUGGGGAUGUUGCUGCUCUCAGAGGAUCUCGGAAAUUUAACAUUCUGGGCACAAACACGAAGGUGAUGAACAUGGAGGAGUCCAACAACGGCAGCCUGUCUGCGGAGUUCAAGCACUUGACCCUGAGGGAGCAGAGAUGUGGGAAUGGGGGCCGUGCCAAUUGUGAUGCCUCCUUGAUAGUGACUGAGGAGCUGCAUCUGAUCACCUUCGAGACUGAGGUGUACCACCAAGGCCUCAAGAUUGACCUAGAGACCCACUCUUUGCCAGUUGUGGUGAUCUCCAACAUCUGUCAGAUGCCAAAUGCUUGGGCAUCAAUCCUGUGGUAUAAUAUGCUGACCAACAACCCCAAGAACGUGAACUUCUUCACCAAGCCACCGAUUGGAACCUGGGACCAAGUGGCUGAGGUGCUUAGCUGGCAAUUCUCAUCUACCACAAAGCGAGGGUUGAGCAUUGAGCAGCUGACUACGCUGGCCGAGAAGCUCUUAGGACCUGGUGUCAACUACUCUGGGUGUCAGAUCACAUGGGCUAAAUUUUGCAAAGAAAACAUGGCUGGCAAGGGCUUCUCCUUCUGGGUGUGGCUAGACAAUAUCAUUGACCUUGUGAAAAAGUAUAUCUUGGCCCUUUGGAAUGAAGGGUACAUCAUGGGUUUCAUCAGCAAGGAGCGGGAGCGGGCGAUCCUGAGCACGAAGCCCCCGGGCACCUUCCUGCUGAGAUUCAGUGAGAGCAGCAAAGAAGGAGGGGUCACUUUCACUUGGGUGGAAAAGGACAUCAGUGGCAAGACCCAGAUCCAGUCUGUAGAGCCGUACACCAAGCAGCAGCUGAACAACAUGUCAUUUGCUGAAAUCAUCAUGGGCUAUAAGAUCAUGGAUGCUACCAACAUCCUGGUGUCCCCAUUGGUCUAUCUCUACCCUGACAUUCCUAAGGAGGAGGCAUUUGGGAAGUAUUGUCGACCAGAGAGUCAGGAGCAUCCUGAAGCUGACCCAGGUAGUGCUGCCCCUUACCUGAAGACCAAGUUCAUCUGUGUGACCCCAACGACCUGCAGCAAUACCAUUGACCUGCCGAUGUCCCCCCGCACUUUAGAUUCAUUGAUGCAGUUUGGAAAUAACGGUGAAGGUGCUGAGCCCUCGGCAGGAGGGCAGUUUGAGUCGCUCACGUUUGACAUGGAUCUGACUUCGGAGUGCGCUACCUCCCCCAUGUGAGGAGCCGCCAAUGGGAGCUGCAGAGAUGACUGGGGCACCUGCCCCGAGUUCCACCCUUAAGCAGUCAAACCCCAGAUCAUCUGAAACUCCUAACUUUGUGGUUCCAGACUUUUUUUUUUUUUUUUUUUUUUUUUUUUUUAAUCUCUACUUCUGCUAUCUUUGAGCAAUCUGGGCACUUUUUAAAAUAGAGAAACGAGUGAGUGUGGGUGAUGUGCUUUUAUGUAAAGAAGAGAGGAUUCUCUGAGUCUGUGAUGGGGGAUGUGAGAGCGAGAGGCUGGAGGGAGAAAAAGGAAAUGCCUUGUGUUCUGUUCCCUGCCCUCCUUUCUCAGCAGCUCGUCUGGGCAGCGGCAGCAGCAGCAGCGAUGUUUGUUGUUAGACAAGUGCCUCCUGGUGCCCAUGGCAUCCUUUGCCCAUUUCUGUGAGCUGAUACCCCGGGCUGCCUGCAGCUGAGGCCUCUUGACAUUGCACUUUUAACCUUGCUAAUGUCCAAAUAGAAGAUAGGAUUAAGCCCAUAGGUUUCUUUUUAAAUUAAAAAAAAAUAAUAAUAAUAAAGUAAUAAGAAUUAAAGGGCAAAUCACACUGAGACAGCAUAGCCUUUCUGUAUCAAGGAAAACUUUAGCUCACAGCCUCUUUGGUGCUUAAAAAGCAUAUGAACCCUGAAAUGGUUUCAGAUGAAAUCUUUAAAAGACAUCUGAGGCUGUGGCUUGGGCUCUGGUUUGAACACCAAGGUUAGAGAGAACCUAGAUAUCCCAGACUCUUCAUAAACUGGGUUUUAUUUACCCAAGAGUAUGCUCGCCUGUGGGAGGGGUGAGGCUAGGCCAAGGGCACUGAAAACCUCUGUCGCCCUCCCUCCCCCAAGACUCCGGACCCUGUUUCAGGGUCAGUCUGUCCUGUGGGUGCCUUACUGGGCCUAGGAUCAACCUGGCUUCCUUUCCCACUUGACCUUGCUAGUGGUAUGUCUUCUUCCCAUGUCCAAAGGCUCCUUCCUGACCUGCUUGCAUUGGGAAACCUGGUCUCAGGACCUUGCGAUCAGAGAGAUUGAGUUACAGGUUUGAAUUGAUUUAGACUACGGGUCCUCAGCAAAGCUCAGGGAUUAUGGUCCUUAUUCUACUUGCUUGGUUCCCAGGGGUACCUGUAACCAGAGGGCAAAAGCUGACUGAUAAACUCCAGGUCUGUCUGCCCCUCAUAUGAGGGCUGUACUCUUGGCCUCCCCUAAGACUGGCAAUUGUCUGCUCCCCAUCGGGUCCUCCAGGUGAGGUGGAACAGGGUGCCUGCACCCUACCAUGGCCUUCAUGUCACCCGCUUGCCUCAGCCACUCAGCUCGCUUGAACACUUAGUGGUUCAAGGCAAACCUGCUCUGACACAGGGGCAUGGCUACAUUCAGUGACUCAGAGACCAGUGUCUGGAAUUCUGUUUGUUUCACUCAAAUUAACCAGUGUCUGAAUUAAGGGGUGAGGACAUUGUCUCCAAGACAAACUACUUGUCUUGGCCGCCCCUGGCCUUCCGCUUUGAGACAGUUAUUGCUCGCCCUUCCCCAGCAACAUUCUUUAGUAGACAAAAAGCUGAACUCAUAAACUGAAAGGGUAUUUAGAAAGGCAAGGCUUGGGCGUACUGACAGCUUUAAAUCCUGGGGACCCAGGGAGCAAGGGCUCGGCUUGUGAAGUUCCUGGCUGUGGGGAGUUACCUGGGUAGCCUGGGCUAACCACCUGUAGUGACAGCUACAAGGAGAACAGAAACGGGCCCUGUGGAGUCCUCAGAACCGCCCGCCCACUUUCCUUCCCUUUGCCCUGUCUGUCCCCAGCCUAGCCCAAACACGCCUGCGGAUUGCUUAGCCUCUCUGUACAGUGGUUUGUAUUCUAUCCUGGCCACUGCAUUCAAGUUCCAAUGUAUACUUUCUAGUGUAAAAAUUUAUAUUAUUGUGGGUUGUUUUGUUGUUGUUGUUGUUGUUGUUUGUUUGUUUUUUGUAUA